AUGACAGAGCCCAUUGAUGAGUAUAGCGCCCAGCAGCUGAAGGAAUCUGAUGGCAAGCCCUUGGUGUCCGUCACCAAAGAAGGGCUGGAGCUGCCAGAGGAUGAGGACGAGAAGAAGAAGAUGGGGGAGAGCAAAGCCAAGUUUGAGAACCCUUGCAAACUCAUGAAGGAAAUCCUGGAGAAGAAAGUUGACAAGGUGACGGUCUCAAACAGGCUGGUCUCCUCGCCCUGCUGUAUUGUCACCAGCACCUAUGGCUGGACCGCCAACAUGGAACGUAUCAUGAAGGCCCAGGCCUUGCGAGACAACUCCACCACGGGCUACAUGAUGGCCAAGAAGCACCUGGAGAUCAGUCCUGACCACCCCAUUGUAGAGACACUGCGUCAGAAGGCCGAGGCAGACAAGAACGACCAGGCCCUCAAGGACCUUGUGGUGCUGCUCUUGGAGACAGCACUGCUUUCCUCUGGCUUCUCCUUGGAGGACCCACAGACUCACUCCAACCGUAUCUAUAGGAUGAUCAAGCUGGGGCUCGGGAUUGAGGAAGAUGAGGUUGCUGCUGAAGAGCCUAGUGCCGCUGUCUCUGAAGAUAUUCCCCCUCUGGAAGGAGACGAGGAUGCCUCACGCAUGGAGGAGGUGGAUUGA